CCGGGUCGCGCGGCUCAGGAGGAGGUGCCCUGACAGGCCCAACCGAACGCGGGGAGGGAACGAGAAGGGCAAGUGGGGUGGGCACGCCUCUUCCGCCCUGCGCCCGGAAGGGUGAUGUGGCUGGGGCUUCGCCGGCCUCACUAUGUCUGCCAUUUUCAAUUUUCAGAGUCUGUUGACUGUAAUCUUGCUGCUUAUAUGUACCUGUGCUUAUAUCCGAUCUUUGGCACCCAGCCUCCUGGACAGAAAUAAAACUGGAUUGUUGGGUAUAUUUUGGAAGUGCGCCAGAAUUGGUGAACGGAAGAGUCCUUACGUUGCAGUAUGCUGUAUAGUGAUGGCUUUCAGCAUUCUCUUCAUACAGUAGCUCGGAAAAAUAUCAGAAUUUAAUUGCCAUCGGAUUACAGUAUGAAAAAAGGACUUAUCUAUAGAAAAUAAUGGAAAGAAUGGUUAACCCUUUUAUCUCUGAACAUUGAAUGAGAUAAAUUUCCAGCUGCUGUUAUCUAUUUUUGUUAUUGGACCAAUGUUCUAUGUAAAUAGGAUGUAACCAUUUAAUACGCAGAGUUUAAUAUGUCUGUAACAAUCAACCUCUGUACUCUCACUACAAUAUUACAUUCUGCAAAUGUUAUUCUGUUAUGUCGGAUACCAGUUUUUAGUGAGGUAUCUCUUAAGACAUAGAAAAGAAAACAAAAUUGGUAAAUUACUCCACUUCCUUUCACUGUGAUUUGGAAAUGAUUAAUCUUUAUAGAAUGAGACAUUUUUCUGGGCUAGCUUUUUUACUGGGAAAAAAAAAAAAAGGUUCAAUUUGUGUUGGUAAGGAUUGCAUUCAUAUUUAAUAAUGCUUGCUUUUCCUGUGGCCACACCAGACCAUUAACAGAGUACAUCUAAGCAAACUAUAUAGUGUACUACAGGCAUUUCAACUAUUUAAAACAAGCCUGUGUGGUUCUUAAGGUAAAUGAGAUGUGACUUAAGAGUACUAUUGAGAAAAUGUCCAUAUGUAACAUAAAAGUUUAGAAUAGAUGACUGGUCCAGUAGCCUCUGAAAACUCUAGAUAAGUAUGGAUAAAUAUCUUACGAAUAAAUUGACCAGCUGUCAUUUUAUGAAUAAGACUACAUUCUUAGAGUGAAAAGAGCAAAAUAGAACAAUUCAGAAUGAUAAUCCUGUAUGUGUCUUUCUUUUUAGUGUCAGGUCUCCAGUUUUAAUUGCCCCAAAAUGCAAACUGAAUUUUUUUGUUUUUAAAUACAGCACUUUAAAUCUAGUUUACUUUUUGUGUGUCAUCUUGAACUGGAAUCUGCUGUGUAACUCAGUAGGUGAUGGUAAACAAUUUUCAAAUCUGCUUGUCUGUAUACCUUGGCAUAAGUGUCUUUGAGUUUUGAUAAUAAAGACCUUCAAUAACCUUCAUCAAAACAAGAGAAACAUUUGGAAUAUGACAUAAAUCUUGCAGUAGAGCAGUUAUUAAAAGGUCAUAGUUUCCUUUUUUUUUUUUUUUAAGGUUUAACUGAAAUUCUGUUAGAAUUUCAAAGCUAGGGGGAACUUAAAUAUCUUAGCUAAAAAUUGCCCAUCAUAGGUAGUACUAAUUAGAUAUUAUCCUUAGCUAUUAAUUCCUUUUCUCUUUUUAAGAAAAGAAAAUUAUUUAAUUAUUUGAAAAUUAGUCUGCCACUAGCUCUUUCUGCAGAAACAAAGUAUGGAAUUGAAAGCCAUCUUUUUUAAAGACCACUUUAAAGUACUUGAAUUCUAGGAAACGUGUAAGAAAAGCUUGUGAUGCAUUGCCUGCUUUUUUUGCAAAAGAUAAAAGCUUCUGUAGGCUGUCUAUAUAUUUAUUUUACAAUUUUGGCCUAAGUAACUGGUAAAAAAUUGUCUAUUUUGCUUUAGACCAGGAAUCAGGCUAUGGUCAUUGUGUGUACUCUGAACUGUCUUUCUCCUGGGCUUUGCACUAGGUCAAAAAUUUUCCGGGUGUCCUAAAAAUAGGACUCUUAUCAGCAUAUACAUGCAGAGCAUGUCACCUUUCUGAGGCUGGUUUCUGAGUGGCCAUCUGUUGUCCAACUCUGCUGCAAGCUAGACUUUCCAAAAAGCUAUGUCAACUGAUCUUUUUAUGUGCUAACACAAAUCCAAAUCCAAUAUGAAUGGUAUGAAUAAAGGGAAGAAUAUUCUAGAUAAUCAGUUCUAAGACAUUUCUGAAAUUUUGACAUUUCAGAGGAGGUAGGUGGAAAGUGGAGGAAGAAAUAAUUUCUUUGAAAAAUGUGUGGUAGCAUAUAAAACUUGGUGCUGUGUGUAUAUGCUUAACAGAGUGGGAGGCAGCUCAUUUCUGACCCCAGACAUUGUGACUCUUUGGGAGGUUAGGGACAUACAGGAUUCUGUAAAGAAAAGCAAUUAGCACUUUCCUUAAUGUAUUUUUUUCAAAGAGUUACCACAAUCCUGUUCUCUAGCCCAAAGGGCAAUGUAGGUAGUUUUAGGUCCACUUAGUAUUCAGAUAUUCCCAUUGUGGUCUUGGUGGGGUGGUUGGAUUCAGAAGAGGAUUAAGGAUCAAUUUUGCAUCAGGUGGCUGCCUCUGUCACGUGGUCUUACUAUAGAGCUGGAUGGGAUGGUGGGCACUUAAGUCCAUGUGUUGCAAGGCUUGAAUACUCUCCCUAACCUACUUCCUGGCUCUAGAAUCUUGAUUCCAUCUCUCGUGGAAACUGUUCUGUGCUGAUACUAAGUUCCUGAUUGGCCUCAGUUAUGCCCAUGUCAGGAGGACUUCGUUCUAAGCAGUCUUAAAAGAUGGCCAAUUAAAAGGACCCUUAGUCAACUGAAUUCCCUCUGUGACCUAAAAAAAUUUGGAUUCAAGUCCAGUGUCCUGUUAAUGUCCACUGUGCCAGGCACUCUCCAUGUUCAAAUUAAAAAAUUAGCCCUUUCACACUGGGGAUAAUAGCAAUACAUAAUUUGUAACAGAUUCCUUUAUCGUGAAUAUGCACAUUAGUUUUAUCUUAGGACAGAGGUCAGAAUGAAGUGACUUCUCCAGGUAUACAAAGUGAGAAAUGAACAGGUCUCUGCCUAGUUUUCUGGGAAAAACCUAGCACUUGUAAAUAGAAUGUAUCACCAUUCUUUCAAGAAGCAUUUAUGGAGUGCAUACAGUACAUUAUCACUGAAGACAGAAAAACCAGUACACAAUUUCUGCCUUCUGAUAGUUCCUAAUGCAGUGGAUGGGAGAGAUUAUUUAUACAAAAGUGCAAUGUGAUAGCAUUUAUAACAGAUAAUGCCAGGAUUCUAGGAGAAAAUAAGGGUGACACCGUAGAGGUAAGAAUUUCCUUCCCAAGAAGCAGUGCUUACACUGAAUGAAGAGCAGUAUGCAAAAGCACCAGUGGUAUAUUUAUGGACUCUAAGUCCCUAGCUUGUUGUGCCACAUGAGGCGUAUUAAGACAUAAGCCUAAAAAGGUGGACAGGGGUUAGAUCCUAGGGGGUCUUAUAUUUUUUUUCUCACUUCUGUUACCUACCUCAAAAUUAGUUACAUGUAUUUUCCCUCCUACCUGACAAAAAACCUUCAAAAAAAAAAAAGUUCUUCCUUUGGUGUAUGUGUAAACACGGUUAAAUACAUCCAUGCCAGCCUUAAUUUGGACCAGGAAUACAAUACUAUACUCUCCAGAGACUCUCCUGCAUAGUAUAUAAAGCCACGGUAACACUAGUCAGGUCAAAUAAUUUUAGGAACUCUUAGUGGCUCAUAUCCAUCGAUGCCCAAAGCAGCCGUGAUUCUAAGAAGCAGAAGUGGUUUCACUGUCUACAUUUCCCAGGUGCACAAAAGAUUUCUAAUAAGCAAGAACUUGUACUCUUUUCGAAGCCUUUGGGGGAACUUCCUGGACCAUAGGAAGCUGCAAAGAAUGGAAGAUUCUUAGGGACCACUUUUCACACAUAUCCGGUAAAGGGUAGAUGUUCAAAAUAUAAGCAACUGAGUAAUAUCAGCAUUGUUUAUACAGCCUUGUUAGUCUCGAUCAGCAAGUUACUACUAGCUUCAUAAUAAUUUAUACACUGCCUUCCAUGAUUUCUUUUACAUUACCCUAAAGUAAUCCCAAAAUAAUCUGAAAUGCAGCUCCAAUAUCAGGAAAAAGGGGGGAGGUGGAAAUAAUAUUUCCUGUGAUUUUAAGAGAACAGAAUCAUCCUACUCUGGUUAGUGAAUAUGUCUGUGGUAUGUAAUAAAAAUCACAAUGAA